AUGAAAGCCUUCCAUAAAAUAAAACCGAUUCGACAAGCCCAGACAGCAGUUUACAGCUUCCACUCACAUAUCCAUUGACAAUCCUUCACUUCCCACGCUCCAUCGAUCUGGUUUGUCUCUUUUGCUCUUUUGAAGAAUCUCUGUUGUUCUGUAAACAGGAGAUAUGCCAUUCAUAAAUCAUCUCUGGGAAUAUGUUGUGACUCCACUUUCGGUGCUGCAAAUGCCUAGCUCUAUAUCUUUUGCAGAAAUUUUAAGUUAUACGGCUUGCAGACAGUUAUCUCAGAUGUUCUUGGCCGUUGUCUUCUUUCAUAGUUCAGAAUACAUACUGGCAGUUGCCAUUCAUGGGAGAUCAAAUGUGACUCUCAAGUCACUUCUAAUCAGCAAAAAUUAUCUCCUUGCAAUGAUCUUUUCUUUGCUGGAGUACAUCGUUGAAAUUGUUCUAUUUCCCGGGUUGAAAGAACACUGGUGGAUAAGUGACACAGGUCUUGCAUUGGUGGUAAUAGGGGAGUUUACACGAAAAUUGGCUAUAAUAACUGCUGGUCGAGCCUUCACGCAUCUUAUCAAGGUUUACCACGACGAGCAUCAUCUAUUAAUUACUCACGGCAUCUAUAGAUUCGUCCGUCAUCCCGGGUACUCUGGUUUCUUCAUUUGGUCAGUUGGCACUCAAAUAAUGCUUUGUAAUCCCAUAUCCACAGUUGGUUUUGCAAUUGUUGUUUGGAAAUUCUUUGCUGAAAGAAUACCUCAUGAAGAGUAUUUCUUAAAGCGAUUCUUUGGGUCGGAGUAUGAGGAGUAUGCACAUCGAGUACCUUCAGGGGUGCCAUUUGUAAAAUGAGGAUUUAUAUUUUCAUAGUUAGCUAGCUUUUUAUCUUCCUGAAGGUCUUUUGGGCAGGGAUUUGGUUUAACUUUUAUGAUUGAAAAGAUUAGGUGCUACUGAGUACUGACUGAAGUGAGCUUUUGUUGUAGAUUUUUAUCUUGGUUAGGAUGAUAAUAUUAAGUUAUGGUAGAAAAAGCAUCCAAGAGUUAGGUGUGAAUUGGUUCUUAAAUACUAAUUGAACUUUUUAUUUUUAA